AAGAUCCUCAAGAUCCUAAUGAUGAGGUGGCCGCCACUACAAAACUUGCAGAGGCGGUUUUGAACUUCUUCGAGAAAAUUCUGACACGGCCUGCUCCACCACCCUCCAUCCCGUCCGAAGCCGAAUCGUCUUCAUCUGGUGCUUCAUCGGUUGCGUCUGACCACUCUCCAUCCGGUCCACCUCAUCCGACAGCAUUGCGCAUUCUUCUGGUUGAAGGCUACUUCCGAUUGUCAGGGGAAGACAAGAUGCAAAUCGGAAGAAAAGAGUUUGCGAAGGAGUUAAGGCUUGGAAAAUCUCUUCAUUAUUUCUCACCAGAGUUCGAGCUAAUCAGUUUGACAGUUCCGUCCCCUUCGCGAACAUGCUAUAAUAUCAAAAAGCGUCGGGACUUUGCGUCGUUCUUGGCCAGUUUUUUUUUUUUGGUUGGCAUAUUGCCUUCCAAAAAGUAGGAGGGCUAGGCGGUAGUCUAUGAGCUGUGCUUUUGCAAGGGUGUAGUAGCCUAUGACGACCCGUGCUGUUUCAAUAGUCGGUUAGUCGUCGUCGCCUUCUGUUGUUUCAAGGGGAAAAAAGGGUAGAUGGAGGGGAUGCGAGCUCUCAAUUUUUUGAAUCAUCAAAAAUAGGCUCUCUCCUCUAAUCAUCAAUAAGCUUGCUGCCCUUAACUUUCACCCGAACCUUAACCUCUAAUCAUUGAGUUACGAAGAAAUAAAUACGCGGCUGCCAUGCAGAUCACUGCGCGCGCGUUCGCUGUGGUGUACAACGAUCUGCUGAACGGGCCCAAGGGUAAGACGCUGAAGGAGCGGCUGACCACGAUGCUGCAAUCUAUGCAACCUACGGAUACCUCAGCUGGGGGCCUCGAAUCGGUAUUUUUGUAUACUAGUCACGGGCUUUACGGGAAAACAUGUUGUCAGGGGAUGGCACUGGCAUAAGAAGUUCAGUGACAAUUCUUCCUCUUCUUACAAGCCCCACGUGAGUGAGGGCACACAGCAAAAAGUGCAAGGGCCAGAGAAGGAGCUCAUCUAAGACACCUCUAGUAUAGGUACAAGCAACAUCGUCAUCAAUCUCCAUGGUUUGCGAUCUCUCUUGGUUUUGUGCACGGAUCGCUCUCCCUGCAGGCUUCCGUGACCUCUUUGUCUCUGGUCUUUGUCUUUUGCGGGUACUUGUGUCGACCGGGAAGGCAUCGUGGCCUCGUUUUUGUGACUUCUUGUUUUUUCGGGUUCUUUCUGCGCUUUGCGGGUAGUACUUGUGUGACUCUUGGGUAGUCAAACAAGACUGCAGCAUUACAAAUCAUCAGUGUUGUCCCACAGCCUGCAUGAUCUUACCUGAGAACCUCUCAAGGCUUAGUGUAGUUAGGCUGCAGAAGAGCUAGGCUGCAGUCUAUGACUUGCUUUCCAAUAGUUGAGUACAGCCGUUUGUGGCUUGAGCUGUUUCAAGGGAAAAAAGGGAUAGAUGGGGCUGUUAAAGGUUCAUCGAUGCCUGAAGCGUCGGACGAGCGUCUGUUUGACCCAUCCGACUCACGUUAAAGGCUGUUGAGUGGUCAACAUGUGAGAAUUCUCUGUAGCAUAAGCCUGGCGAACAUGUGAGAAUUUUCUAUUUGCCUGAGUAUAGAUAGGUCCGUCAUCAGGCUUACAUAGAGAAUUAUCGCAACAUGUUCAGCGCCACCCUUAACUUUAAAAGGCUGAGCCUGCACAGAAUUGUCAAGGCAGGCCACUCGACCGCGGACAGAGGUCACCAGAGAUGAGGGGCUGAGCGCUGGCCCUAGCCCUAAGCCAGCCCUAGCCCUAACUGGUGACUCUGCAAUCCGUUUAGGCGUUGACAGUUGCAAUUUUUAUGAGUUGUUCUUGGAGUAGUUCUAGAUCCAGUCAACAUUCUUUCAACGAAAUCAUGGGCUAGGAGGGUGAGUAGCGGCUGCGCCUGCAGCAAUUGCUUUCGCCAAUUACAGACUUGGAAAAUUAAUAGAUAAUUGUGGCUUGUUUUGGAUGAACUUGGAAAACGCAGCUGUCUUUUCUACCCCAAGAAUUACUACACUGACUGAUGCUACGACUAGGAUGGAUUGGAGGGCAUCAGACCCACCCACCUGAUUAGCUUGUUACAGUAGGGCUCUGAAGAGACUUUUUUACACGGAAGAGCAUCUUCUAGGAUGCAUGAUCAUCACAGAGUUUCUCUAAGAUCCGAUACACGACAUGAUCAGUUUCCUAGUUUCCUAUACACGACAGAAUUGCCAGAGUUUCUAUGUUAGAUUAGUUCUAGACUGUGUAGACGUGAUGGCAAGAGGACGUACACACUAGAGUUUGACGUCACGACAUGAGGCUAGUAGAGUUUCACGGUACAACAAGUUGUACAUUCAGACGAUAUAAUUACCCAUUCAGACGUCACAAGAGGCUAGUAGAGUUUCACGGUACAACAAGUUGUAAACCCUUUCAGACGAUAUAAUUCGCAUGUUUCCCAUUCAUCUUUUCAGAUGAUGCCGCAUAUAAAGAUGGACAAGAUGCUGGACUUGACGACCCUGUUCGGCGAUCAAGAAUGGGACAUGUUAGAGGAGUAUCGUGGUUGGUUGAAAACGUUAGAGGGGGACUACUAUAAGAUUGACGAGAAUAGCGACGCCGAAAAGGCUCGUCUGCAGAACAACAUGAAGGAAUCGACCGAAAAGGCCAUCAGCGUGUUGCGCCUUUCCUUAUGAUUGUCAGCGACCUCUUUGCGAGAUUAUCAAAUAUGAUGUAGACAGAUUAUAUAGCACCUACUUGCACGAUGAAGACGUAUCUGAGAUCUCUCCCAAGAUGCAUAGCGCCAUGCUUUUUGUUGCUCAGCUAAUUAUUUUGUCGUUUAUUGUAAAGAAAAUCAAAUGCUUGCAAUGCAAAUUCUAACUGCCUAACUUAUCUGAGCCUGGCCUUGUCGUAGUCCCCUCCCUAUUAGGUUUGAGCACUAUUCAGGCGGCCUUACCACUGGUCCCUUUAGCUUCACGUUGUUGUAGAAUCUGAUACGCGUACAGGCUUACACGUAAUAAAUCUAUCUUGAAUCAUUGUCUUGCCCAGUACGCUUCUUGAUGCCAACGUAUAGCUUGAAUUUGUAUUGUUUGAUCUUUCCGAUUGAUGUCACCGAAUCAAGUAAGUAGCUAAAAGCGCACCCAUUUUUUCUUUCAGCAUAAAGUAGACCUUUCUUUCCCUAUUUGUCGGGAGACUUAUACCAGCCAUCGUCCUCACCCUGUUCAUUUGUCCUCACCCUGGACCGAGGUGAAAACGCAUUAUCUGCCGAACAAAAGAAGUUAGUCGAGGAGACGGCGAAGAUGAUGCUGGACUACGUGAGUAAAACGUUCCCGGAGAAGUUGUGGAAGCACUUUCAGGGCUUUGGGGGAGCGUGGUUGUUCGCAAAUGAUGGAUCUUUAUGAAGGCAAGCUUGCAUCGAAUAUCAUUUUUGGGUACUGGAUCACAUCACACGGAAAAAUAGUAGUUUGAAUUGAAGCAGAAAAGCACAAACCUCAAGUCAAGUGCAAAGGCUGCACAUGGAUAACUGUUGAGUCCGUUUCUCUCUUCUCUCUUAUCCGAUCCUAUAAACACGACUGCGCUUAUUCUUUAGGUGUAUCGCACGUAUUUGCCUCACAUUACACGUUGUGCUAUAUAUGAUCAUGUUAUUAUUUUUCUGAUGUUGGGUUAUCUCUACUUCUAGGCAUGAGUGUUAGCUUAGCUCAGUACGAAGAUGGAUGCUAAUUGCUAUAUUCAUUUUAUUUAUGACUCCUUAAUCUGACAGGAAAACGAUAUCGGCGGCGCGGCCUAGUUAGUAUUAGAGACGGGAGUCCCGCUAAAUCUAAAUCUAAAUCUAAAUCGUACUUGAUUUGUUUUUGAUUCUGGUUUUUUCUGGUUGACGCUCUACUGGAGAUAUAGUCUUUACUGGGAUCCCGUAUGGGUACCAUAAUGACUUAAUUGAUUAUGAGCAGUAUGUUUUGAUAGUCCACUUUUGGACUUCAUCUGGGUUACUACGUAGUCGUCGCAAUAAAUCAAUGCGAGGGCUUGCUAGUGCUAUUUCCUUACUAGUUCGGGGCGGCACUCUGUGAAAGUCAUUCACAUAUUCCCACUACUAUUAUUAUUUAUGUAAUAAUAACAUAUUAUAUUUAUAACCUUGAUUUAUUACAUAUGGCGCUCAACCUAUGUAUUAUAAUUGAACUACCAUUUCUAUAAUAGUAGUUCAUAUCAGCUGAGUUUCCUAGACAGUCUAAGAUCCGUGGCCAGACGUCCCACCUCUACGUCCGCAGACGGAGCAGAUGCCAGAGAUGAUGCUGGGCCAGGUGGGCUAUCGCCGAUGUCGACUGAGGAUCCAGGCAGAGUUGCCGCAUUGGUGCAAGACGAGGUCGCAGCUGCGGUGAAUGAAGCAGUGACGGGGGAGGCUGGUGGCCCUGCAGCCACCAAUUUUGCAGAUGCUCUUGGGCUUGCUUCCGAUACAGCAGAGUUGGCACCGCAAGGGGAUGGCCAAAGCUCUGGCAAUGCUGGCACUAAGGCUUUGGAGGAGAUUAUUGCGUUGUACAAGAAUGUUGCUGACGCAAGGUUCGAACAGAUCAAGCUGUUGUUCAAUGGUCUCAUCAAGUAUUUUAUGCGUCACGGUGGCAACAAACAGUAUGAUGGGAACAUGGAGAAGCUCUUUGAGGCAUGCAAGAAGGAGGAGGAGUUUCCCGCGGCCGCGCCGGACUCAGACGACGCAAAGAAGCUUCCCGAGUCUGCAAAAGAGCUUUGCGAGGCCAUGGAUGGCGCCAAGAAUGAGGAAUUGCAAUUGCUGAGCGUACUAUUAUAUCAGUCUAUCAUUCUACAUCUGGGUCACAACCUAAUACUCUAUUUAAAUACCCUUUACCUAACCUUACCUUUUUUUCCUAGUUAGCUUGGCUCCACCCGUAUAAUUAGAUGUGUUGUCGAGUCGUGGGGCUUGAUAGGUGUACAGGCCAACGCCUGAAGGACUAAGCCAGCGGACCUGUACACCUAUCAGAGCUAACGCCAUCUGGUGUGGAAGUGUUUGCGUCGCCUCGUCGAUCCUCGGCAAAGUCACCUACGCACGUCACCCAAAGUGUGCACUUUUAACAUCAUCUUGAAUCUUCAAUGCUAGAUCCCAUGUUUCCUCAUCUUAAAAUCGAUGGGGAUUAUGCUAGCGCAGUAGUGUUGAAAAGAUGAAGACAUCCUCCAUGAUGGUUUCCUAAGACGCAAAACUACUGCUCAUUGGUAGAUCCCAUGUUUCAUCAUCUUAAAAUCGAAUAGAAUUCAAAACUACUCAUUUUUUUAAAUUUCAACUGCUCAGAACGUGGUACUGUCGGGAGGAAACUACUUCAACGCCCUGAGCGAUGGCCUUUACGCCGGAGAGAAGAAAGAGGCUUUGAUGCAGGAAGCAAUCAAGACCGCACGGGAACUGGUCGAUGGAGGAAAGCGCAAGUCUUACCAAAUGCAGCUGGUGGUACUUUCCGAGGCCUUUUACUUCUUCAUUGUAUGAACCCUCUGUGUAAGUACUUAAGAAGUGAGUGCCGGCGUCUUGUUCUUGUUCGUGUUCUUGUUGUUGUGUGGUUGGAGUGAGUAGGCCAAGGUAACAAACAAGACCAACUGAUAGCAUAAUGUUCGAGAAGAAAGGCAAUGGGGAUAGUGAUUAUCUGAAGAUGAUGCUAUUCUCGCCUGGUGACUAGGCAGAUCGCCAUCAUCGUCAUCAGCGUCACCCCCACUAUUAUCAUGGCCGCCAUCAUCAUCACCUCCAUUGUCACCUUUAUGGUGACUGGUAGCGAAUCACAAUAGGCACACACCCCGCGACUAGGCUGCAGCUGCCCUUGGCCUUUUCGUGUGUGAUUAUUUCCUUUUCUACAUAGGUUUGAGAAUGUAGAUUCUGUCAGGGUAUUUCUGGUGUUGUAAAAAGUGACAGACGAUAAGAUAAACAUUUUUACAUCCAUUGCGACGUAAACGCCAUUCACCUUUCGCCAGCAUUCUACAGCAGGUUACUAGUUUUCCCCCGGUUACUAGUUUUCCCCCAUGCCUCCUAGGUUAGUCCCUUCACCCCGUACUUCCCUCUUGUUUCUUCGGCGUGCACCUCGAAGAAUUUUUCAGCUUCAAGCAGUACCUACCAACGCACAUCUUCGACACGCUUGAAACCUUCUCUAGGGUUUCUAGCUGUAGGAUAAUUUCCCUAAGCGAAUGCUUUUUUCACUAAACAAGUUUUACCUUUCAAGCUUUCCUGGUUCUAGCUUUCCUUGUUGCAUAUAGUGCUAUAUAGAAAAGCAAACAUGGUAUAAACUGUCAGACACGCUCACUCACUCAUUCUUACCCAACCCAUCACCAUCAGCUUCACGGCCUGGUUUACGCGGCGUUGAAAGUUACGAAAAAAAUAAAGUCGCCUAGUCAGAAUGUCAAAACACGCGCUACGCAUCAGGACAGGGAGAGCAGCCCUCUCCAGCUAGACUAGUGAUCGAGUAGACCUCAGAAAACUAUUGUCCUAGUGAAGACUCUUAUUCUGGUAGUAGAUCCGGCAAGACCCUUAUUCUGGUGAUGAAGUGAUUGCGCCAGAUAGUGAUAAUUCCUAUCCAAUGCUUACCUUAAAUCUACUUAUGCUACUCUACGCUACCUUCUCUAUCCUAUCCUCUAAGAAAGAACAAGGCCCCUGGAUCUUUUCCGCGUUUCCGAGUGGAGAGAAGACAAACGAUUUCCGGCUGAGUGGCGUCACGGGUACCCUUCCUUUCAAGGAGCUUGCUGAUAUGUGCCACGACCCAAAAGAGAAAGGGGAGCGAGAGGGCUAUGGGGUUAGUGCUCCUGCGGCUCCUCAGUCUCCAUCCGCUUCUUCUUCUUCUUCUUCUGCCACCGGUUCCAGCUUUGUUUCCGUCAGUCUCUCAGCCACUGGCACUCCCCAGCUUCAGCCGGACGUGGUGGAGGAAGUGAAAAUUGACUUUGCGGCGCUUACGGAGCCUCAAGACCUUCUGCUGUUUGUGGACCUCGUUCGCAAGCCGGUUUGCCGCGCGGAGGAUGGUGACGUUGCAGCGUGGGGGAACGUACUCUAUAAUGUUUUUACCUAGUAUCGGAUAGAGAAUCAGUUUCUUGCACUUUGAGGGCCUACAAGAAGAGUGGAGUUUGUGUCAAAAGUUAGCGAGUGUUUGCUCCAGUCCUGACUAUCCUAUGCCGCUCGAGGCAAGCGGCAUGGAUGUACGUAGUGAAGACGGAGGUCUACUUGCUUUGUUUGUAGGUAGAAUAAUAGGUCUUCUCCGUAGUGAAGACGAAGAUGAAUUACCUUUCCGACAAGAAGUUUGAAACAUUUGCUGCAAUUGCAAUUCAUGAAAGCAAUAUGGUGGUUGCGUGACGUUGUAUAGCUGGCGCUCACUGAAAAUUUAAGAGGGGGCCGCGCAUGAAUUAGUCGAUGGUGCGGUCAGUCAGUGAGCCAGUUAGACAGCUUUUCAGCCAAUCAAGCGAAAAGCUCUGCUAGAAGGCCAACAAGGUGCGCUAGAAAGUGUCUAGUUGUCGAGGCGCAGCUGGGUUAUCGCCUUGGGCGUUGGCCUGUGUGUUUACUUAUCCUAGCAGUGAAGGCAGUGCCGCGCAUAUCCAUUUAGGAGGCGCCAAGGCUAGCUUUCUACGGUUUCAAGCGUGCACUUGAAUAGCGGCUCACGCUCUCCAUUUGUUCUUUCGUACUGAUGUUGGUACUGAGUGGCUGCAGCCGCCACACCCAUGCCGAAUGAGUGCGAAGGCAUGCAGCCUCUUUUAUUCGCCUCACCGUGGAAUAGAUUUUGGGCUACCAAGGUUGACAGGGUUACUCACCUCGCCGCCCGUUGCUUAUGCCUCAUUCCCGUACGAUGGCCCGCCUUAUCCUUUUUCUCUUAAUAGGAGGAUGAAAAUUGAAGCAAACAUCGUAGUGUCCCAUCUCAUCCUUUUUCUCUUAUCAGAGGGAUGAUGCUGAAGAUCCACAGAAGCUUACAGAGCAGAUCUGGGAACGCUCUCGGAAAGUCCGGGAUGCGUUUUUCAACAAGGGCGACCAAUUUUACAACUUAUGAAUUAGUGCAUUAUAACCUAACGCAGCCUAGCCAAUAACAUACAUUAGUCCUCCUUACAAUGCGACAUCCGAAGCUCCUUAGUCAGUGUUACAUUUUUUUCAGUAAUAUCUCCAUCGAAGGCACCGCUCUCAUUUUUACCAUAAGGCCUACUCGGAAGUAUUAAAAGUGAAAGAGCCUUGCUGGGAGAAAGGUAUCUAGGGAUACACGCAUGGUAAAUGUAUCUAGACUUUGGAAUAGUCCCCAUCGACAGGAUUAGAAUAGGAUGAGAAUAGUACCCGUGCGCACUAAAAAGUAUCUGAAGUACCUAAUCCAUUUCAGACCACUAGGUAGUGUUGCUGUUGCCAUGUGCUUUUUUGGUUUCUUGGUGUGGUAGACCCCACGACCGAGGUGGCACAACAAUUAGAUUCUGUCAGUUCUUGCGGAUACCCACCUCCAGGGCCGUAAGUAUCUGCAGUACUUGCGGCAACAUUGAGAGUUGCAAGUUGGCCUCUUUACAGGCAAAUCUAGGCCUAUUCCGAGAAGAAAAGGCAUACCUGUGCCUCUCUAGACAGGCUAACUUCCAACUCCUAAUGAAUGAUAUACCGAAUUCUGGCAUGCUCCUUCUGAGCGUGUCGCUUUUAGGUCAAAUGCAAACCGACUAUCAUCAUAAUUAUCAUGAUGGGCAGUUUAGUCGUUCUAGUAAUUCCAGACUCUUUCUGAGAGUAUAAUGAUGUCGUUCUAGUAAUGUAGUUCCAUAUUCUACUUUCUUUACUUGUUCUAGUGAUUGCUUUGUGUGGUUGCUUCGCGUGAUUGCACCUCUCUAACCUUGAAUCCUAGCAACAAGGCUGCGAAAGUGGUAAAGCAAUUGGUGGACAACUUUCUGGAGAGCCCGAAGAUGAAGGAAAGAGCCCAACAGAUUCUGAAAAAGGCUCUUCGCCCUCGAACUCUCCUUUGCCGCGCGAAAAGCUGGCCUGCCCAAGCGCGAGGCGCUGUGCCGUCAGUUCCUGAGGAUCCGGCAGUUGCUGAGGCUGAGCCAGGUACUCAGAAUCGGGAAGUUCCUGAGGAUGAUGCAGUUGCUGAGACUCCGCAAGUUACUGAGGCUCGGCCACUUACUGAGGCUCCGCCAGCUACUCAGGAUCCGCCAGCUACUCAGGAUCCGGCAGAUACUCAGGAUCCGGCAGAUACUCAGGAUCCGGCAGAUACUCAGGCUCAGCCAGGAACUGGGGAUGUGCCACCGGCACAGGAUUUUAUCCAAAUGACAGAGCCGGCUCAGCAGGUGGGCACCAUGCCUAGUUUUCUCGCCGAACCUGAAAACAACGAUGCGAGGGAAGUGGAAGUGGACAAUAAAGGGAAUCUGUUGGCUGGGGAUUUCCUUGCUGCCCAACAACCGGAGAGCUAAGUUAAGCUGACUCACGAUAACUCAUUUCAAUGACAGACUAUUUUCUCAAGGUUCCAGGAGGACUUCUCCCGUUCAUCUACGGAACUCCCCAAGAUUUCUCAAGGUUCCAAGACUGAGAGCAUCUUGGGGAGAUCCGUAAAUGAACGGAAAACUCCGCUAGAAACCUGGACACCUUAGGGUCUGAUCUGUCGUGGCGUCCCUUUUAAUCCCAAGGGAAACUGCGACAGGUCAAGACACGACGGAUCAAGACACGACGGAUCCAGAAAACUAGUACAGCGAAAUGAGCUAUUUUGACUUCUAAUCGAAAAGGAGAAGGGAGGUGGUUUGAGGAGACUCUUCUGGAGGGGAGAUAAUCAUCGCCCAGGAGGUGGUUUGAGGAAAGUCUUCUGGAGGGGAGAUAAUCAUCGCCCAGGAGGUGGUUUGAGGAGAGUCUUCUGGAGGGGAGAUAAUCAUCGCCCAGGAGGUGGUUCUAGGAGAAUCUUCUAGAGGUAAAGUUCUAUGAUACUACGACGACGUGGGGGGCAAGACUAGAACUACUUAUGGGCGUUAAUUAUGGGCGUUAAUUCUAUCUUGUAUUUAGUUUCGUUCGUGUUAGGGGAUGUGUUAGAUUAUGGCUCAUCUAUUUCCUUCUGGGCGAAUCUAGUACGGCUGGAGACUCUUUGAUCGGUCCGCUUGUGGUCGCGAGUGAAGAGUGAAGAGUGGGGACCUCGGUCUAGGUUCUUUCACGACUCACUCUUCUUCCACGACUCACUCGCGGAUGUCCGCGUUUCACUAGGUAUUUCUUUGAUUUUUUGGGGUCUGUUAAUGCUAGACGCGUGUGGAAGGAUAUGGUGACUUCCUCUGCAUGAUAAGGGAGCCCUGCAUACCUUUUCGCUGUACCUUUCCACUGUACUACCUUUUAAAGGAUUCCCCUUGCAAGUCACGGGGGAUCUCCUCCGGGGAAGCUAGGGGGGAAAAAGUGGCAACGCACUCAACCCAGGGCGGGGCGAUAAUCUUCUAGUAAGAAAGCCAAGUGUCUAGCGUUAAAUAUGGGAGAAAAAAAGUUUCACCAUGGGCAUGACGAAGUUCUUGUGUGUGCAUCAUUCGGACGAAAAGCUGUCUGUUUUGUAUAUGCAUCAUGUGCUCUUCUUCUAUCAACGGCCUCAAAAAUUCCGUUAGGUAGGACGGACAUUUUUCUCAUAUAACAAGUACCUCGCAAGAUGCAAAGACCAAUACCUACCUAUAUAUGUUCCAGGGGUGCUGGAGGCCAUCUCAUACGGAUAUAAUAUCUAUGAUCUAGGUGUCGUUGUUGAGGUGAAGACCUGUCUUCAGACGAAGUCAAGGAUCCUCGAGAUCUCUUCUACGACACCUAUGAAAAUGUUAAGCUCGCGAAAGUGCUAGCUACUACAGACCGAAUGAUAGCUACUACAAAUGCUAGCUCUUGGCACGAACAAAGAUGACUUAGUUAUAACUACUCCUACAAUUACGACAUUACUUCUCAGGGGGACGUGAGUGUGAGAUGAUAAUGUGUGAGGAGACAAGGGGUGACAGCCAAGUAAUCUAGACGCUCAACGUGUGCCAACACUAGAAUGCUAUUUGCUUAUUUUCAGUCGCUGAUGGUUGGGAAGCGCUAUCAGAUGCACUGGCGAGGAGGGUGAUGUUGAACAAAGUGUCUCUAUGAUUAUGAACCUUGAAAAAUUGGUUCAUGAUCUCUUGCCGAGCUUUGUCCAGCUACUACUUCUUUCGGAAGUAGGGAACGAAGUGAUCGACCAGCAAGCAGAGGGAGAAGCACUUGUUUGGUCUAGAAGUCUUUUGGUCUAGCAAGCAGAGGCAGAAGCAAGCACUUGAUGCUUGGUCUGCAGCCACUUGUUUUGUCUAGAAGUCUUCGUCCUGGCAGUUUUUCUAGAGAUAAGAUGUGAUCGGAGCAUGAGAAAAUAUAUUCAACAAUUAAUCAUAUUCCUUGAUCUGAGUAAUAAGUGAGAUGAAUCAACAACUAAUAUGUAAAGAAGUAAGAUGUUCUUGUCGUAUCUGUGAAGCCCGCUCACCCUUGAUGAUGUCCAUAGGCGUGGAUGAACCGGAAAACUGGGUACUGAGAGGUGAACGAGCCUGCACUUAUUGGUGAUCUUUACCUAUCGGAGAAGGAUAAGUUGUUGGCCUGUUCACUUAUCAGCACACACAUAUCAGGGGUGGCACACACUUAGUAUCAGGGGCACAAACUCAUUGUCAGGGGCACAGCGACGAGAAUAAUCAAUAAUUAUUAUGAGCGCGACACGUGGGCGUCGAUAGGGUCGCGCGCGAACAUAAAAAUAGUGGGAAUAAUUAUAAAGAGAUAGAAUUAAUAAGAAAAAAAAAUUACGAGCUACUGCCUGCCAACGAGAGCCGCCUGUCUUCGGACCAAACUUAUUUUGCAAUUUACUUUCUCGCCACGCGUCGGUCGAUCAUAGUGCCUAUAUAGAUCCUAGGUAGUUUCGGUCGAUCAUAGUAGAAGUGCCUAUAUAGAUCCUAAAUAUCUAGUAGAUAGUAGAAGUGCCUAUAUAGAUCCUAAAUAUCUAGUAGAUCCUAGGUACUAGAUCAUAGGUACUAGAUCAUGGGUACUAGAUCAUAGGUACUAGAUCAUAGGUACUAGAUCAUGGGUACUAGAUCAUGGGUACUAGAUCAUGGGCAGUAGGUCAUAGGUAGAUCACAGAGACCCGGUUCGCUCAGUCUCAUAGUGUUGGCAGACGAGACAUAGUGUUGAUCAUGAAACACAAAGACUUGGGCUUGAACUUCUUGAAACAAGCAUCAAGCUCAAGGGACAGUUGGAUUGACGCACUAGCUACGACAACUUAGGACUCCUACUUCUACCACGAGCCCUCUUGUUCUACAACAUUAUUGUAUUAGGCCCUCACAAGAUCUCUUUGACCUGCUCAAUCUUGGGUCAAAAACAGGUAGAGGGUCCCCCAUGUUUAGAGGGAGGCCAUCCUGGCACUCAUUUGCUUCAAGGGGAAGAAAAACAGACAGGAAGCUGGUCCGCGUCCUCUAGAGGGGAGAAAAAACGCCAGUCAAAGGUACUAGUCUUUGUUGACACCACACCUCUCCUGACACUUCUCCUCUCGGUCUCUCUAGAAUGACACUAGAAGGAGGCAAGGUUGAGGAGGCAAGGUUGAGGAGGGGAUGUCCUGCCUUCGUAGCAAUACCUAGCCGAACUAUGAAUAAACCGCGUGUAGCCUGCAUAGGCAUGAAAAGUGUGAUACUGAGUGAGAUGAUGAUUACUAAUUGGACACGAUGAUCCAGCUACGGACAAGAAUGAGCUGAAAUAAUCUGAAAUCAUCAAUCACUCACGAUAGAUAGUCUACUGGAGUACCAGAACUCUUCUGAAGCACCUUCAGUGAAUUUUCCAGCUUUCCUCGCUUUGAGGAUGAUGUGGCACAGAGCAGCUAUGUGUUGAAGAUGAGCUAAGGACUCCUAUUGAAAAUUAUGGUGCAUAUUAAGCUAAUCAUGAUGCAUAAGCUCUUCUUCUCUCAUGCUGCACUAUUAAGCUAUGUGCUGCUGAUGGGUGGACAUAGAGAGGAGGCUCCGGUGCUCUGGGCUACACACUUGUCUGCCCGUUGCAUCUUGUUUCACAUUCUUGAUAUUUAAAUUCUUGAUAAAAAAUAGUAGAGUCAGUAAGUAACUACUAGGAAAUAAUUGAGAAUUAUAUAUAAGUGAUCAUUAUCAGUAGAAGUAAAAAAAAGUAAUAUCAUAUGAUGAAUAUUGAAUAGGAAGUAAAUUGAAUGUAAGUAUGAUGCAUUACACUGGGGGUAGAAGUUUGUAAGAUUUAAUAAUACAAGUAAUUUGUAGUUGCAUCGAAGUAAAAGCUAAAACAGUUAGUUAGAGAAUUACUAAGCAGUACCGUGAUAAUACGUUGGAAAAUAUUCUUCAAUGAUAAUAAUACUAGAUCUCGAUGAUCAUGAGGAUGAUGAUAAAUUGAUGAUUAGAGAAGUGCCUUCACAUAGUGACUCAGUCAGUUGUUAGUCGUAGGAAGAAUAUACUAAGAGGACAAUUGCCUCACAUCACCCUACAAGAAAAUACUAAGAGAAGUGCCCUAAGAGAAAAUACUGUAAGAGACGGGCGCAGAAAUGCCUGAGUCGCGCCUGCUGGGAGAAGAGAAGUACUCGCCUUCACAUGGAAUAUGAACUAAAAACCAGACUUUUUCUUCCACCCUCUGCGAAUCUUCUUCUUGCACCUUCAGCGCAUCUUUUUCUACUCUUCGAACUAACUAACUGUAUUGACUUCUAUCUACUGUAAUGUCUGUGAUGGAGGCUAGGGGGUUCUCUGACCAUCUACGAAAUAAGUUGAUCUCUGUAACUAUCUAAUGUCUACUGCAUGUUGAUGUUGCCUCUUGCAUACUUAUUUAUAAUCUGUGCUUCUUUUUGUCCGGCGGUAGCUAGCUAGACUAAAAAUUUGCUACGCAAGACGAGGUGCCAUGACUAAAAAUGUACCCUUCCAACCCUUAGAAGCUAACAUGAGGUUCUUGCUCUUCAUACUCUAUGAUUAGAUGCGAUCUUCCUGAUAUUCGAUAGAUUAGAGAGAGACGACUUUGACUUAGUUGACUCAGUUCAAUCUUGAAUUGAGUCAACUCGAAAAUUACGUUUUUUAUAGAGCAAGCAUUGACGGCCUGGACGCUUCCGAAGAGACUGCUCAAAGCCACCGCUGAGAGACGCACAAAGCCACCGCAGAGGGAGCAUCCUAUGUAUACCUUUACAGGGAUUGCGACUGCGGUAGCUCUAGUGUCGAAAAGAAGCGAUUGACAUCAUCUCAGGUAUUUUUAAAUCUGCAACUUGUACUUUCGACACGUGCGAGGCGGCAGGGUCGCGCGCGAACAUAAUAAUGAUAAUAAUACUUUUCAGAUUGGUCAUCUUCUAAGUGCUCUGCCUAGAAGGUUGCGUCUCAGUUUGUUGAAGCAUCGCCCUUCGUAUCUAUACUAGGUAGUCGUCUCUCUCUCUCUCUGAGUCGUCUACUACCUAGCUUCUUAAAUCUGAGUCGUCUUGAAACACUUAGAACCUCAGUCGUCUAGUACUUAGUCUUUCAUUCUCAGGAGGCCCAGUCGAUGCUCUGAAAUCUGGCUGAUGUAGGACUGUUGCAUAUAUUCGUUGUUGCCUACAUUGACUCCGAAGUGUAAAACACUGUAAACCAAUUGCAGCUGGAAGGAGGUGCUGUGGCAGCGCAGUAGUUGAUGUAAAAACUUGAACAGCGUUGUAUGAUAGUAUUGGAGCAUAUUCUGAAUUGUGUACGAGAUAUUGAUCCUGUAACAAAGACGACGUUCGCUGCUGAUGACGUCAAAAAAACAUUAUGCUCUGAUGAAUGGAUGAUCUAGAAAAUAAAUCGAGAAUUAUAGUUAAAAAAACAAAAAAUGGAGAAUAAUUAGAAGGCAGGUUAUGGUAUGGCAGUGCUCGCAAAAAAAACAAAAAA